UUGUAGCUUCAACUUCAAUCUCCCAUGAAGUUCAUCGUAGGCGGUUCGGCAAAUGAAUAACAAAUCGUUCUAAUCGGGUGAAAAAAAUGGUUUAAACAAUCAUUGAUUUCGAAUUUUCAUAUUCUCAGUAAUUCAAUAAUUCAUUAUGAGAGGUAAACGCAUCGCUAUUACCGGAAUUACUCUAAUCGCCGUAGUCUUAGGACUAGCAAUAAUGAUGUAUUACUUCAAUCAAGACAAAUGUCCCGUGGGAACAUUUCUCUGCCAGAACACCACAAUUUGUAUGCCACAACGCAGUUGGUGCAAUGGUCAUGACGAUUGCCCAGAAGGUGAUGAUGAGAGCUCCACACAUUGCUUUGACGCCAACGGAUAUUGGGAAUGGUUCUUGAAGGAACGACCGAAACCGCCUCUUUUCACUUGUGAUUGUCCUGUCCAAGAGUGUCACUGCAAUGGAUGCAAAGUCUCAUGUGAAGGAUUAUCCGCAAUACCUCGGAAUUUAUCUCCCAACGUGACGACAGUGAAUUUAUCAUACAAUAAUUUCAACGAAGUUCGGUCGGAUGUCCUCCGGGGAUACACAGAAAUCCGAUCAUUAUUCUUGCUGUCCAAUGGAAUUGAAGAUUUGAAAGUGGGAGCGUUUUCGGGACAGCCCAGGCUCUACUGGUUAAUUCUCACUAAUAAUUCCAUCAAGGAAAUUCGGCCUGGGCAUUUCAAGGGACUAUCAUCCCUUGAGACACUUCGAGUGGAUAAUAAUCGUAUUAAUAAAGCAGAUUUUUCGGAUUUCGCAGGCAGUCAAUCACUGGAAUUACUAAACUUGAGCAAUAAUUCUCUGACGGAGAAGACUCUUCUAUUUCCAGUACUUCCGGCUUUGAGAGAAUUACAACUGGAUUAUAACAAAAUACGAGUAAUUAGCCGUGAUUUUUUGGCUGGAAUGUAUUCUUUGCGCUCUUUAACCAUAGAGGGAAAUGAAUUAACAACAAUUGAGGCAAAUGCAUUCGCAAACCUGAGUGACCUCACGGAAUUAAAUCUAGCAGAUAACAAAUUAACAGCAAUUCCGGAUCACUUGUUCAAUCCCCUCGUGAAUUUGACGCAGCUCUUGAUUGGAUACAAUCCCAUUGAAAAUCUGAAGAUAUUGAUUUUUGAGGGACUCAUUAAUCUUCGUUCUUUGGGUCUGGAGGAAGUCGACAUGGAAAAUUCCGGGAAAAAUGCACUUUUAACAUUCAAACAUUUAGAGUUUGUGUAUUUCAAGAAAUUUCAUUACUGCACUACGUACGCACCGAAUGUUCAACAUUGUCGGCCAGCAAGUGAUGGUGUUUCUUCAUUAUCUCAUCUCCUUGGAAAACCUCUCCUGAAAGUUGCAGUGUGGGGUAUAUCUUCGGUGACAUGUCUGGGUAAUGCCCUCGUCCUCUGGGGUCGUUUCACAGCGAAAGAUGAAAAUCGUGUCCUAAGUAUUGUCAUUAGAAAUCUCGCAGUCUCUGACAUGCUGAUGGGGAUUUAUCUUCUUAUCAUUGGUCUCGUUGACGUGCAAUUUCGAGACACGUACAAUCAACAGGCGAGCAAAUGGAUGUCUUCCUGGGGCUGCACAUUCCUGGGAAUCCUCGCAAUGACUUCCUCCGAAGUGUCAGUUUUGAUCCUCUCAUUCAUGUCCAUCGAGAGAUUCAUCUUGAUCGCUGCACCCUUGAAGGGACAGCAGAGAGCACUGACACCACAAACUGCUGGAUUUUCCAUGAUCUUCAUAUGGAUCAGUGGAAUUUUCCUCGCACUUAUACCAGCAAUCCACUGGCGUAGCAGUACCCGUUUCUACGGUCUCAACGGAAUGUGUUUCCCUUUACACAUCGACGACCCCUUCCUCAUAGGGUGGGAAUAUUCAGCGUUCAUAUUCCUCGGGGUUAAUCUGCUAGGGCUAAUAACAAUUGGCUACGUAUAUGCAGGCAUGUUCGCCAGUAUUUGGCGAACUAGACACAACACUCCGUUGUUCGUCGGGGAUUCAGAAUUUGCUCUACGAUUUUUCUUCAUCGUCCUGACAGAUGCUGCUUGUUGGGCGCCAAUUAUCGUCCUUAAAAUUCUUGCAUUCCUGAAAUAUCCUGUUCCACCGGAUCUUCACGCAUGGGUUGUGAUCUUCGUACUCCCAGUAAAUAGCGCAGUUAAUCCUCUCCUCUACACAUUUACUACACCAAAAUUUCGAGAGCGAUUGGAGGAAGGGUGGAUAGGACAGCUUCGAAAUUACGUAUCGUCCAAAAAUUCAGCUCAAGGUUCCCAGGGAUCUUUGGAUGGCACUCAAGAGCGAUCAAACUCAUUCUUAUCUUUAACUACCAAGUGGACCGGCUUCGACAAAAAAUCAUCAAACUACAAGAAACAUUGAUGUUACUAAAUUAAAUUCUCUCUAAUAAAUCCUGCUGAAUAAUUAAUAUAUGAAAAAUU